AUGAGCCAAGAGAAUCUUCCCAACUUCAACGAACAGUUCAAGGCCGCUCUCGAAGAGUUCGACAUAAUUCGGAAAGAGGAAACUAGAAUAUCCGCUUCUGGAGAGGAGUUCGUACUAGUUGAGAAUGUCACCAAAAGACUAACGUCUGCGCUGCCGUCUCCGGCAUACCAGACAGACUCCAUGUACGUCGACAAACUCGAUCGCCUGGCGCAAACGGCAUACUUCCAACACAACUCAAAUCCCCCUCACCUAAGACGGCGAGAUUAUGAUGAUUACCUAUCAGUAUUCUACAUAUUGCUGGAUAUUGGCGCUCCAGCCCUUAUUCAUCAGUUCCGAGAGUGCAACUUCAACACCGACGCCUUACCUAUCGACUAUCCCCGUCUACUCCGCUACAUUCCAUCACCAUCCAGGUUUGCCGACUUCCACAAGCGCUUCUAUAAGCAACAAUUCUGUUGGUGUCCUAUUCGAUUCGAAAUGGGUAUGGGUCGCAAGUACCCAGAUUGCAUCAGCCCGUUUUCCUUCAAACACAAGAUCACACCAUACCGUGAUGGAAAAGGCCCUAGGGAAAACACCGCAUCUCUGUAUGAGAUUGAUGUUCCUGAAGAGCUUGUGGGCCCAGAGCUACGGAAAAGUAUGGCAUCUGCGCGGGUAGAAAGACAGGAAAAAGGAACGCAUGGCGGCAACAGCAAGGGUUAUCUCCACUAG